AUGUCUGACAAGAAUUUAUAUACAACCGAAGAAGGAAAGAAAGACCUGCGAAAAGACUCAAAAUCUGUGCAUUCCUUUGUCAAAAAGGAACCACCUCCUGAAAAGCUUGAGAGUAUUAAAACUCGUAGCACCAUCAUUCUCUCCUUUUGGAUAAUUAUAUUAGCAGUUGGUAUUCCAAUAUGGUGGGUGACAACUGCCAUAUAUCGAGCGAGUCUUCCGUUGGACCAAAUGAUGGACUGGGCAAAUGGGAGAGCUUGCCGACCGGUCUUUCCGCUGCGUAUAUUGAUAGAAGCCGACUCUUUAAGUGAACUUGAAGCACAAAAUCUUCUACGAGCUACUCAGCAUGCGCUAGAUGAUCUCAAUGAUUUCUCGGCCCACCAUUUACGUCUACAGUUAUCUCCAAGUGCCAAGAUUACGUCAGAUGAACUACCAAUUAACAUAAGUGGAGAUGUAGCCUUACUUAUCCGACUCAUCCCAGAUGUAGAGACGAGUGCACGAUUACAUCAACAUUCUCCUAUACUUAGUAUACAUUACGCGCUUAAUAAGGCCCCUUCCAGUCCGUCUUCAUCUGGCCCACUGGCAACAUAUAUAACUCAUUAUUUGCGUGCCCUAUUUGCCGAGGAGCGCAGCAUGAUUUCUCACCUAUUGUCAAACUCGUCAUCGGACCACCUAGUUGAUAACGUUCUCAAGGACUCACUUCAGAAAUGGACUUCGCGCACCAUUAAGUAUUCGCCUUCAUAUCACUUAACGUUUUCUCUUUUCACUCCAUCAUCCGAACCUAGGACAUGGCCGAUUUCCAACGCUCUUGACACUCACAUGAAACCGUUGCUCAACUUACUACAUCCAACCUCCAAUUUUACAAUCGAUACUCAAAUUCAAUUUUACGCAACACCAGGUGUGACUGGGAAAGUUUUGCGACAAGAAGAUCUGUCGCAUUUUGUGAACGCUGCUGAGUGGCCUCUAUCUCCUAGCAUAGGUAUAGCGCCAACUGUUAACUUUAUAGUUUAUGCCGGUGAUAUAGAAAUAGAAGGAGGAGCGAAAAGUUGGCUUAUUCCUCAGUGGGGUGGGGUGACUAUUCUUUCACCUUCUGAGGUGGAUGAUCUACGACCGGUCAUGUUGAUUUUCGCGAAGCAACUCACGUCUCUGCUUGGAGCACCGGAAACAGGAAAUCUUCCGUUGCGUCUCCAAACGCUCUCUCGAGUUCGCUCUGCCUCUCUUCUGUUAAAAGCUAGUAGUACGCUAGGUAGCCUUGCGCGUCUAUCACUUGCGCUUCCAGGUAUUUCAAUCCCCCGCUCGGUCUCGGACGGUGUCUCAAAAACUAUCACCAACCUCGAGCUCGCAUGUGCAGGACUUGCAGGACCAGCUGGGUUAGAAUAUGCGCGACAAGCCGAGCAAGAAGCCGAAAAGGCAUUUUUCGAGAAAAGUAUGGUUGGUCAGGUUUAUUUUCCUGAUGAACAUAAAGUAGCAGUUUAUUUGCCCCUGCUGGGACCAGUAGGUGUACCACUAGUUAUUGGGGCAAUAAAAGAGGUAAAGGCAUGGAUAAAACGAAGGGAAAAAGCUCACUAG